AUGUCGGGUCGAGGUAAAGGAGGCAAAGGCCUAGGAAAAGGAGGCGCCAAGCGUCACCGAAAGAUCCUUCGUGACAACAUCCAAGGCAUCACCAAGCCAGCUAUCCGUCGUCUUGCUCGCCGUGGCGGUGUUAAGCGAAUCUCUGGCCUGAUCUACGAAGAUGUUUUCCUUGAGAAUGUGAUCCGUGAUGCUGUGACCUACACCGAGCACGCCAAGCGCAAGACUGUGACCGCCAUGGAUGUGGUGUACGCACUCAAACGCCAGGGACGUACUCUGUACGGAUUUGGCGGUUAAAUCUUCACGCUACACACUCAAACCAACGGCUCUUUUAGGAGCCACCACAUCUUUAAAAGUCAUUGCCAAUAAAGUUUAAUACUCGUACUAGUAAUUAAUGGUCUAACUGUGACUUACCCUAGUAUCUGAGAUUAUAAAACGCAUUGCACUGGGAUAAAAAUAUGCUAACAUAUCAGAAUGUAUAAAUUUGGAAAGCUGUUUGUUUGAGAAAUAGACUAAAAGUAUUCGCGCGAUUUUAACGUUGAACUAAUUUUUUAAAAUCUGCAUUUGGAGGCCAUUGAUGAGGAUUUGUUAUAACUUAUCAUCACCAUAGCAUUUAUUACUGAUUUUAACCUGACUAGGGCUCGUUCACUCUCCUUAUAUCCCUCUCACAGUAUUUUGUUUGAAAUUUUAAAAAGUCGCGUUUCCGAUACUAGUCAUGUCUGGUGGGUUGCUUGCAUUUUUAAUUAGCUUAUGAGUGUUUAUCUUCGCACCAAUGAGUACCUUGUUUGCCGCCAGCGAUAUAAAAACAUGCACAAACUUUUUGCUUAAAGGUAGGAUUGUUAAAAAAAUACUUAAUUCCUAAAUUCAUCUUAUAUUACUUUUUUUUUCUUUGUAAUUUUUACGAAUGUUUUCCACGCAAAAGCUUUAGGUAAGUGAGUAGAAGAGGAUUCCAACACCCAUGAUACGGCUUACUGUACUGAAACUAAUAAUAAAGUGACUCUGUUGAUCACGACUUUUAUGAUAUUUGGUGGCUCCUAAAAGAGCCGUUUGUUUUUGACGUGGGAAGGAUGUGUUUAAGCUUUUGGCUUCUUCUCGGUCUUCUUGGGCAGAAGAACAGCCUGGAUGUUGGGCAGAACACCUCCUUGUGCGAUGGUGACGCCGGCAUCGUCAAACAAGUUGAGAAGCAGCAACGCCUGACGUUCGACUUCCACUGCCCCUUACUAAGACCAGAAGAACAACAGUGCUCGUCGCAACGGGCGGUUGAGCUCCUAGAGUCGCGAGUUUAUGAGCUCGUGUGCAGCCAAGUAGACUGGGGCACCAGCGCCAACACGCUCAGCAUAGUUGCCUUUGCGAAGAAGACGGUGGAUUCGACCAACAGGGAACUGAAGCCCUGCUCGGGAUGAUCGGCUCUUGGACUUGGUGCCCUUUGCCUUUCCUUUACCGCGACCUGACAUGAUUUUAGAACUUCUGGUUGGCACGAGAACGUAGGAGUGAAUGAACUAUUACUUGCAAUCCUUAAAAUUUAUACGCGCGGCAAAAUUUGAAUAGGAUCGAAACGCACCAAUCACACUAAACAAUUUUAGGUAGUUUAUGAAAUAUGAUGAUGUAUGCAGGAAGCUUGUUGACCUUGAAGGAAAGAAACCAAUGAAAACUCAAAGAUUUCGAUCCGUAUGUUAAUUGAUCCCCUGCUGGUUUUGUUAUAAAUACAAUAUUCUGUAAGUGUACAUUAUUCACUUCCAUUCUUAUCAAGUGAGAUGGCACCUAAAGUUGCAGGAAAGAAAGGCGAGAAGAGAGCUGGAAAGGCUAAGGCUCCAUCUGAUGGAAAGAAGAAGAGGAGGGGAAAGAGAAAGGAAAGCUAUGCUAUCUACAUCUACAAGGUGUUGAAGCAAGUUCACCCUGACACUGGUAUCUCCAGCAAAGCCAUGGGCAUCAUGAACUCGUUUGUCAACGACAUUUUCGAGCGCAUCGCUACCGAAGCGUCGCGCCUUGCUCACUACAACAAGAAAUCAACCAUCAGUUCUCGCGAGAUCCAGACCGCCAUCAGGCUGCUUUUGCCCGGUGAACUGGCCAAACACGCUGUCAGUGAAGGAACCAAAGCUGUGACCAAGUACACCAGCAGCAAGUAA